AUGGCAUCAAGAUUCGGAGGCUCUUCCCUCCAUCAACGGGAUCCGCGGAGCGCCUUAUUCGAGAACUACAAUGGUGGUGGCGCGUCCGAGCAACCGCGAACCGGCAGCGCGAGCCCCAGCCGGCCGGGUGGCUAUUCAGGAUAUGGAUAUUCUGCGGGCGCGAUGAAUGGAUCAUCUAGCCUCGGAGUAGGAUUAGGAUCCGGUGACCAAAGGGCUGCAUAUCGACCCGCGACGCCAAACUCGAGGGGACAAUACAGUGAUGCGGUACUCAAUGAGUUGGAGAGCCAGAAUGAUGGCGAGGUUGAUGGCAUUAUGGGGAAGGUUAGGCAACUGAAAGAUAUGACGGUCGCAAUUGGGCAUGAAAUAACUGAAAGCUCAGCACUUGCAGAGAAAAUGAACGAGUCCUUCGACGGCACGAGACUACGGUUACGCGGGACUAUGAACAGGAUGCUGGUGAUGGCCGAGCGGACAGGCGUGGGGUGGAAGGUCUGGCUAGCAUUCUUCGCCGCCGUGGGGUUCUUGUUCUUUUACGUGUGGGUGUUUUGA